AAACACACACCCACACCCACACACAUACACACACACACACACACACGAUCAGAGGAGGAGGAAGGCGGAUCUGUAAGUACAGACUCCAGGACUUCCUGAGCAGAGCAGAGUCCACAGCGCAAUCAUGGAUGAUUCUGUUCCUCGUCCUAUUCGCUCAACGUUUGCGUGGCUGGUUGGAGCAUCACAGAUCCUGGGUCUGGCAUCAGUGGUGCUGACUGGUGUAUGGAUGGGUCACUACCGUGGGGGCUUUGCUUGGGACGGCUCAGCGCGGGAGUUCAAUCUGCACCCUCUGUGCAUGGUGCUGGGGCUGGUCUUCCUGCACGGUGAUGCCAUCCUGGUCUACAGAGUAUUUCGAAAUGAGUCGAAGAAGAAUGUAAAGCUUCUUCACAGCAUCAUUCACCUGCUCGCACUCAUCAUGAGCAUCAUAGGUUUUGUAGCUGUGUUUGACUUCCAUAGAGAAGCAAAGAUUCCAGACAUGUACUCUCUACACAGCUGGUGCGGCAUGGCUACCUUGGUCCUGUUCUGCAUACAGUGGGUGAUGGGCUUGCUGUUCUUCCUGUUUCCGGUUGCGUCGUCCUGGUUACGAGCCUUAUAUCUUCCCAUCCACGUGUUCUGUGGUCUGCUUCUGCUGGUUAUGGCCAUAGGGAGCAGUCUGCUCGGCAUCACGGAGAAACUCCUCUUCAGCAUCGCGCCUACCUACUCCCUGUUUACCCCAGAGGGCAUCCUGGCCAACACUUUGGGGAUCCUGCUGGUGUGUUUUGGGACACUGCUGGGCUACUUAAUCACCAGGGAAGAGUACAGACGCCCGCCCAACCCAGAGGAAGAGUCUCUGUCUGUCCACUUCAAGACCCUGACUGAGGGGGGGUCACCCACCACACCUUGACUUCUAGUCUGACAUGUAACAUCCUCUGCUUCAUCUGGAUACAAACAGUGUCCUGUCUACAGACUAGCUGUGCUAUCAGUCUGUUAAUACCUAGUUACAAAGUCAUCAGUUUAAAUUGCCAUGAAUGUGGUCAGAAAAGUUUUCAUUUGCGUCAGUGAAGUCAAUAAAAAUCACAGACGGGAAGCUUUAAUGAUCGUCUCUCUCUCUCAGGUAGCUUACCAACCUGACUCAUCUGAUAUCACAGAUUUCUAAACAGAUCCAUAAACCUUCAACUAAAACUAUUUAUUUAUUAUAUUUGGAUAAUUAAUAUACUGAUCAACCACAACAUUAGACCCAGUUACGAGUUUUAAUGUUGUGGCUAUUCAGAGUAUGUGUAUAUAGUAUAGUGCAUGCAUAUGUACAUUUAAUAGAGUUUAGAAAAAAGAAAUAGCAGGAACACAAGCUGACCAAUCACAGUUUUUCUUGACUUCACGUGGCAUCUCCAUAUCUGCUGUAGUCUCAUCAUGUACUAUAGUUACAUUUUUGUUACCUAUAGUGUACCUACAGCAGCUACAGUGCAUGUGCAUAAGGUGUUACUCAUUAUGGUCAUAAGAUGUGAUUUAUUAAUGCAAAUGUAUAAAUGUAAAUGCAGCUUAAGUGUAUCUCAAACAGCUCAGAAACUCUUUGUCCUGGACUAAAUAGAUUUGCAAAUUGACUCCUACAGCAUCUAUAGCUCCCUACUACAGUUCUGCACGGUCUUAAAACUGAAGCUGAAAUGCAGCCCAUGGACAUAUCUUUAACACGUGACUGAACCUGUUUUGCUAAAUGUGAGACCCAAACUGGAGCUGAAGCUUUAUUUUUCACUUGUCACUGUCACUUCACCAGGCGUAUGAAACCAGUGGCUACAUUCUGUCUCUUUCUCUCUACCCACUGGCCACAGGGAGGGAAUGAGGAACAUUUCUUAAUACAUUACAUUUGAAAACAACAGAAAGGUUCAACCCCAACCCACAAUACGAUACGAUACUGGAACCAUCAGGUCAGGGAGCAUAACUCUGUCUCCCACUACUCUGGUGACGUAGUCCUGCCUGCUAGAGAAACCUGGUAUCAGACAUUUUUUAAUGGAUCUAUAUCAGCUAAAAUACAGAUCCACCAGUGUGAGUGACUCCUGACACCAAUAAACCUGUCUCAUUGGCAGCGUACAAAACAUUCAGAUAAGAAAAUUCUUUCUCAUUUUUAAUAGCUGCUGACCAUCACCAUCUAGAAUUAAAAUGACAAACACUGAUUGUGGCGGCUGGUCAUAUCAGCUGUCGCUACUUAAUAUGAAUUCUGUGAAUAACAUGAUGACAAGCCAACAAUAAACUUGGUUGUUGUCAGGUUCACGUGUCUGCACUCAGCCAAAGAUCAUUUUAAUCAGGAGAGACUGCAUUCUGAGUGAUGAGCUCGACCUGGGCACUGGAUGCAUAGACUGGAGGUGAAUGGAGUGGAGGAGGGUCGCAGCAAUUUGCAUUGAAAUGACAACUGACAGCAGAAGACAGGAGAACAGAUUUGAAGCUUGAUAGCAAUGACAUGAUUGGCUGAUUGAGACUGACGUGGAGAUUGGAUAGGUUUACCAAAAACACCCAUUGUCAGCUGAUUAGAAGAGGCAGGGAGAGAGAGAGAGAGAGAGAGAAUUGUGAAUGAAUGAGGCAUACUGUUUGUCUCCAUUUGUUUUCUGAGGAGACCAAACCAAAAGCUGCACAUCUGCAUCCCUUUGCACAUCAAAAUGUAAAGCUGCAGCUGGCCAAAUGAUCAUCCGCUGUCUUCAUUAAACUGACCAAUAAUGCUAUCAAUAUUCUAUUUUGAUAUUAUUACAAGAAGUCUUGAACUUUUAAAUAUCACAAGAGGUCUUGUAGAGUGUUAACCUUUGUGAAAAUGACUUUUGUAAGUCACAAUAAUAUCAAGUACGAUCUUAUAAAGUACAUCUUUUUAUCCAAUAUACAGUAUCUAUACCUGUCCCAGAUCCAAGUUGUGAGAUGCCAAGUCAGUACAGUUUGUCUACAAAACAUGAUAUAUUAAUAAAAUGUUUUCCAUGUGUCCAAUAGUAAACUGUUUGUAUUUAAAUGCACUGUCAUUAAAAAAAUCUGUUCAGUGUGUAUUCAGAUGUGUGUUAUUAGAGUUACUACUUGUUAAACUUUUAUCUAAAUAUGUUCAGCCCUAGUGCCUAAUGCAAAGUGUUUGCAUAAAAAUGGCCAGUUAACAUCAGUGGGAUUUGUUUGUCUUUAUGUACUUCUUGACAUUGUCAUUUCUCAAUGUGAAAUCAAAACGUCAUUGGGAUAAUCUGAAAUAAAAAAAAAUAAAAAAUAAAAAAAAAUGUGUGUGAA